AAUACUAAAACCAAUGCAUAUAUUAUAUGAUAAACUUAUCGAUGCCUUUGUAGUGCUCUGUAUAUAAUUGAAUGGCUUUUAUAGUAAACAGUUAUUAAGUGACUCAUUAUAUUUGGGGUUUGUUUUUAAAAACACUUAUAAUCAGUGCAUUCAAUACAUAAACUUUAUUAUCACGUGACUGACCUCCCGGUGCUCUCACUAUCUCUCGGCUCGCGCUACACAACACCCGUUACCGCAGAUGAUGAACGCAAACUCGUCAAUGAUGUAUGUGUUGGGCACCAGUAAUGCCAUAUCGGAGUCACAGUCGCUGAAGCAACAGAUCGAUGGUCUGAAUGCAGACAACGAACAGCUGAGGAGGAAGUUGUCGGCGAAGAACACUGAAUGCGAUAAAUUGAAGCAACAAAUCAAAGAAAUCAAAUUAGAGUGCGACAGAUAUAAACAAAUUAUGAUGCAAUUGAAUGACACUAUUGUCAACCAAAAUGGACAGACAGGAAAGGGUCGCAAAUAUCAGCAAACAGUACAGCCGUGUCAGUCCUGUUACGCGGCCGACAAGCCGUAUAUCUGCGAUUGGCAAAACUGUGGCAAACGGUUCCGCAAGAAACCCCAUCUGGAUAUCCAUAAGAAUGUGCACACCGGUCGCCGAUUUCCAUGCGAUUGGCCUAAUUGUGGCAAAAGUUUUGUCCGCAAAUAUAACCUCAUUGAGCACCGGAAGCUGCACUCCAGUGUCAAUCCUAAUGUCUGCGAGUUUCCAAAUUGCGGCAAAUUUUUCUCAAGCAAAUACAGUCUAAUGAGACAUCAGAGUGUUCAACACAGCGCUCAAUAAAACAAAACCAUAA